GUAGCGGAGGAAAAUCAUAAUAAUACCGAAUCACUUUGGUUUUGCACAUGCGGAUCGGCACUCGCUGGCGGCGAUUCCUACAAACUCGAAUAAAUAUUUGUUUGAAACCUCCUCUCUUUUUUUCCUAGAGUACUUUUCAUACAACAGUGAAAGGGUGAACACACGUUGGCGUCAUCACCGUUGCGCAAUGUCAUCUCUGCUGUACGACACACAAGGGAAUAGGUUUCGCAUUGAAGGCGUUCUCGACAGCGGCCAAGACUCCUACGCCUCGCUCUUCAGCACCGCCGUCACUUACCGCGCACGGCAUGUCGGCACCUACGACGACGACGUGGUGCACCAACCAUCAUCACCUCCCUCUGCGCAUCAGGGGCAAAGCCUGUCGACCCCAUCGCGACCCCACUCCAUCUCCGCCACGGUGGUGAUCACCUACAUUCCUCUUCUUUCGUCGCUGCAGGGGAUUACCUCCUCCAAAGACGCUGCUGCACUCCUUGUACUACAGGACCACGUACGCCUACGUCGUCAGGUGGAGCACCCGUUUUUGCGCUCCCUGUUUGAUGUCUUUUACACACAACAGUGCCUCGCCGCACCCGUGAGCAGUAGUGGGCCACCAGCAGCAGCAGCAACAGCACUCGUUCGCAGACCGGUGGAGGUGCACUCACCGGUUGCUUCUCGCGCCCGCAAGCAGCAGACAAACCGUUCUGCGAGUGCGGAGGAGGACAGAGGUGUCGACGAAGCAAACGAUGGGGACACAGCGGACCGCAAAGACGUCGCCGCCCGUUCGACUACCUCCACUGCCUCCUCACCGUCCCACACCGAUUCCGGAACCGCACUUGUCAUUGUGGAGGAGUUUAUCGAAGGAUCCACGCUGGCCGACUACGCCGACGCUGUCGCGUGUAAGCGGUUGAUGCCGGGUAACGUUAAGCUGCAGCGCGAUGCAGCUGCGAUUGCCUACCAACUGGCCCAACUCCUCCAGUACCUGCACGGAACGGGCUGCGUGCUCUGUCGGGAACUGCCGUUAGGCAACAUUGCGUUGGAUCAGAACAAGGGCUACAUCAGCGUACGCCUCCCACUGGGCGCGGUGAACACGCUGCAUGAGGCGGACGACAAACGCUACGCACACAGCGUUGCGGCGCUCGUUUUUGAUACCUCGCAGCUCCAUCGAGAGAAGGCGAGCUUCGGAGCGGAGGAAUACCAUCUGUUGCGAGCACCAGAACUGCGGCACGUCGCCUGCUGGGAUGCCGUCUGUGACCCUGCAGCAUCGCCGACCACCGACAACGAGCCGGCGGCGUUUGGUGCCGCGGAUGUUUGGAUGCUCGGCGUCGUGACCACGCUUCUCUGCACCCUCAACAACAAGAAAUUCGCGCUCACAACGCGAGCGGAGCGCCUAGCAGCUGUACACUCUCAUAUCGAUCACCUUCCUGGGCUGCUGCCAAGCGACACACCGGAGGGGAUGGUGAAGCUCAUUCAGAGCUGUCUCGAGUCAUCUCCCGCGAAGCGACCGACUGCGACGGGCGUGUUGACGUCCGCCGCCUUCGUACCGAAUCGAUCACACGUGGAGCUGGAGCAGCAGCGCGCCGUCAUCAGCAUUGCCGAGGCAGUCGCCAACGCAAACAAACGCAAAAUGCCACCGCCGUCGCUUCACCUGGCGGAGAACAGCGCCGCAACGACAGGAGGAGGAGCAGCAGCAGCAGCAGCGACAGCGCUGCGAACGGUGGCGGUGGCGCCCGACAACGAACUCACGUUGCUCUCCUUACAAGGCACCGUGUGGUAUGUGCCGACGGCGUACCGCGACGUGCUUCUGCCAGGCGCUGAUGUCGCCUUGCCCGGGGAGCCGGCGACGCUGCCGCACAUCAUGCAGGUGCCGAGUAGUGUGGCCCCCUCUCUAUCACGGGCCACACAGGACGCCUUCCAUGACAUUGAGCGAUUGUGCGAGCAAGACGCACGGCUUCGCUUGACCGAUCUCGCUGCUGCACCGUCGUACGCGUCUACGGACUGCAAGCGUGACUCGUUGCAAGAACGGCUCCGCCGCAGCAAACUGAUGCCGCGCGAUUUCUCUGCGACGAAGUGCGUCCUCGAGGAGCUCACGGAUCGCUUUACGCAGCUAGAGAGCCGUAAUCCUGAAGCCGCGUUCUGCUUUAUUGAGUUGCUGUUGGAAGGGCUGCAAAGCUGUUCGCAGGGCGUCGCGGCGUUGCGAGAGAGUGUGACCCUGGCGGAUGCACUGCUGCAGCCCGCGGGUCUUCCGCCGACAGGGACGCUGCAAGAGGAAACACCGGCAAGAGAGGACGCGUGCGAAGAUUCCACGCUGUCCAACUCUACCGAGGUGGGUCAGAGGGACUUCCAAGUGCCGGAGGUGCUGCGUGCGAUGCCCUCCAUGCCGGAGCGCAUGAUCGCGUCGGAUAGAGCCGCCAACACCUCUGCCGUGCUGUACAACCAGUGGUUGAGGAAGAACAAGAAGCGGUUCGUCAAGUCGGACGGAUACUGA